UUUCGAAGUUCUUAUUCUCUAAGCUCGUACGAUUCUCCGCUACUGCCGUGAUCUUGACAUUGUAUUUUCAGGACGAAGAAGUGCGGUGUGCUCGCAGUGUGUUGUGUUUAACCAGUGAGUUCAACGGCUGCUAAGGACAGACGCCUUUUCACAGGAGGUCUUUGAUUUUAGAUUGAAAGAUGCACAAUUCCAAUAUAUUAGUGAUAUGCCUUGUUCUAGUCUUAAUAAAUUCAUAUGGAGCCCUAGCUCGAAUAGCCUUCGAAAAACUCACAGACUUCGACUACCGAGGCAACACUUACUAUACAGUCAAAAACCUUAGCCUCUACGAAUGCCAGGGAUGGUGUCGAGAAGAGCCUGACUGCCAAGCAGCAGCAUUUAGCUUUGUUUUGAACCCAUUGAUACCCAUCCAAGAAACGCUGUGCCAACUUCAAAACGAAACCUCAUCGAACAAUCCUUCUGCUACGCCACAAAGAGCAGCCAACAUGUAUUACAUGACAAAGCUGCAGCUGAGAUCGGAGAAUAUUUGCCUUAGACCUUGGGCUUUUGAAAGAGUGCCAAACAAGAUGAUCAGGGGAUUGGAUAACGCUUUGAUAUAUACGUCUACGAAAGAGGCCUGUCUUGCAGCUUGUCUAAAUGAGCACCGUUUCACCUGCCGAUCAGCCGAAUACAACUACGUCACCCUCCAGUGUCAACUUAGCGACACGGACCGCCGAACCUCAGGCCAAUUUGUGCAGUUCGUUGACGCCCAAGGAGUCGACUAUUUCGAAAACUUGUGUUUGAAGGGAAAUCAAGCGUGUAAAGGAAAUCGUAACUUCCAAGUACCAAGAAUAGGCGUGGCCGAUGAUAAAGUAGCUCAAUACGCUACCUUGCACUAUUACACUGAUAAAGAAUUGCAAGUAACCAGUGAAGCGGCCUGCAGAUUGGCGUGUGAGAUCGAAAAUGAAUUCCUCUGCCGAUCAUUCUUGUACAAGGGAUCUCCACAAGGAAGCCAAUACAACUGCCAACUCUUUCAUUUAGACCACAAAACACUGCCAGAUGGUCCAAGCACAUACUUAAAUGCUGAGAGACCUUUAAUCGACAAUGGAGAACGAAUUGGUGCUUAUUUUGAAAAUAACUGUGAAAAAGCAGCUGCUACCACUGGGGGAGCAUCGGACAACACAUUACCAGUAGUUUUCGAAACAACAGAAGAUUCUACCCUUAACAACUUGACCAGAACCGAUGUUAAUUGUGAUAAAACUGGAACCUGUUAUGAUGUCUCGGUUAACUGCAAAGACACCAAGAUCGCCGUCCAAGUAAGAACUAAUAAGCCUUUCAAUGGCAGAAUUUAUGCGCUGGGUAGGUCUGAGACUUGCAACGUCGACGUCGCCAAUAGCGAUCUGUUCAGAUUGGACCUUACGAUGACCGGACAAGACUGCAAUACUCAAUCAGUGAUCGGCGUCUACAGUAACACGGUGGUUCUACAACAUCACAGCGUCGUAAUGACCAAGGCAGAUAAAAUCUACAAAGUAAAAUGCACAUACGAUAUGUCUUCGAAGAACAUUACAUUCGGCAUGAUGCCAAUCAGGGAUCCGGAGAUGAUAAGUAUCACAUCCGCCCCCGAGGCCCCACCACCAAGAAUCCGCAUCUUGGACAGUCGCCAAAGAGAAGUCGAAACAGUCAGGAUUGGAGAUAAACUCACCUUUAGGAUCGAAAUUCCAGAAGAUACUCCUUACGGUAUAUUUGCAAGAAGCUGCGUAGCUAUGGCUAAGGAUUCAAAAAGCACGUUCCAAAUUAUCGAUGAUGAGGGUUGUCCAGUUGAUGCUACUAUUUUCCCUGCCUUCACUCCAGAUGGUACCGCUCUACAAUCCGUAUACGAAGCCUUCAGAUUUACUGAAUCUUACGGAGUUAUCUUUCAGUGCAACGUGAAGUAUUGUCUUGGACCUUGCGAACCAGCCGUCUGUGAAUGGGGCAGAGAAUCGCUAGAAUCAUGGGGCAGGAAGAAGAGAAGCGUUGGCAACCAAACUGAUGACGAAAAAGAAGAGGAUAUGACUCUUAGCCAGGAAAUUCUUGUACUAGACUUUGGUGAUGAGAAACAAUCAGAAUUCCUAAAAAGUGAACUUUCGAGUGCAGAAUUUGGUAAAGAUAAAACAGUAACAAUCAUCGAACCUUGUCCAACGAAGACCUCCGUCCUAGCUCUAGGAGUCACCUGCGCUUUAUUAGUCCUACUCUACAUUAGCACCCUCUUCUGUUAUUACAUGAAGAAAUGGCUCAACCCUAGCAAACACCUCGCCUGAGAACGUCCGCUAAAAAGACUCUGUGGUGCUUAGAGAUUAUUAUGUAUACCGAAAGAAUAUUACAGAAAAAAUGUAGGAGAACCAGCCAGUUCACUAGUAAAUAAAAAAUAUUGGCUGGUUUUCGUAUGUUGCCAAGUACAUAGGGAUGUCUGUUCUUAUGAAGGGAUCUGAAUCCCAUUGACUUUAGUAAUAUGAAUUUUGGUAGGUUAGAAAUGACAUAUUUCGACUAAAAAAUGUUUCUUUUUUAAAAGAAUAUCACAAAUACGAAUACAUUACAAUAAAGAAGAAAUCUAGUCAAUUAAAUUACAUAUUUUUAAAAUUUUAAACAAAGUUUAAAUAGAUAUGAAUAAAACACUGAUUUUAUUAUAAAAUAAUAUAUUGGCUUCUCUGCAUUGUUUAAGAUACAAAUAUUGAUAUUGAGAAUCAUUUUUUAUGUCAAAAUAAGACAUUAUUUAUGACAUGGAUUUUUGUCGCAAUAAUCUAAUAUUAAGUAACUCAAUUUUCGGGUAUGGUGAAGGGUCUGGUGAAGGGAGCUUUGUACAUCUGUGAUAUACAGGGUAACUCAAAAAUCGGAGUGAGGGAAGCAGUGCAAUAGAUAAAGAUAAUAUUAAUUACUAAAGACAGCCAGAGACUUUGGUGCAUAGGUAUUGUUUUUAAUGAUGUUACAAUAAUAUAAAAGUUUUCAAAAUAUCACCAAUAAAACAUAUUUGUAUACAUACCUCUUAUAUUUAUAGUGUAGUUUAUAUAGUUGUGUGCACAAUGGUGCAUAUUUAAGACAAAUUUAAUGACAAAUCAUAGUAUCCAAUGACAGCACAGUCCCUUCUUUAGAAAGUGACGUGAACAAUUUAUUAUACCUAAAGCUGAAGUGGUUUUGGCAUUUAAAAUGGACAUUUGUAUACAUAACAUUCAUACUUAAACCCAAUUUAACUAUGCAAAAGCUGCUAAUGAUAUAUUAUAUUGGCAAAUUAAUAUCCUCAUUACUUAAUAAUCCACAAAAACUACAUGUUAGUAAUUACUGAUUAAAUUAAAUAAAGUUUAUGAAUGUUAUUCAGAAACGACAUUAUCUCAUCGUCAAUAUGCAAUAAAUUAUUUAAAGGAUAUACUGGCAUUUAUAUAGUUGUAACAAUACUAAAAAACAGUAAAAUUCAACCAUUCAAUUAAAGUUAUACAACUGAUUUAAAGCUAUUUUUGAGUAGCCUGGUAUAAGGACUGCUACAUUUUGCCGUUACAGAAAUAUUUCUUUAGCGCAUAAUUUUUUUUAAAAGUAGGGACGUUUAUAACCAUAUAGUUGAUAUCCACCAAUAUUAUGCAAAUCCUAAAACAAACAAAACGUGCUUUCUUCUUUUUAAUUUGUCACUAAUUUUUUUUAAAUAUUUAAAAGUAUACUCAGCAAUAUAUGUAAAUAUAGAUAUUGACAUAAAAAUUAGAAAUGAAAAAAGUAAACUAAGAUAACCUUACCUAACAUUAAAUCGUUAUAAAAAUGAAUUUGACGUGUAAUAAAAAGAUCUUAAGAAUUAACUGAUAAAUUCAAAUUCAAUUUAAUUUUUUAAAAUAAUGAACAUUAAAUGUUUAUCAUAUUUAAAAAAACAUUGUAUAUUAACCUACUUUAGCAAAGAUUUCAGGUACUUUUCCUUCAUUAUAAAAAGAAAAAUACAUAAAAAUUUAUUGGAAUUUUGUUAUAGUAAUUCUUUGUAGCCAAUAGGUCAAUAAAAAAUUCCAAAAAAAUAAUUUCAUUUUAUAACGAAUAUCAUGAAAAUAACACUACGUUAAUACAUGUUCAAAGAAAAUGUGUAUUUAAUUUGAAUCGAAGAGUAAAAUAGUGGAUAUUUAACGUAAUAUAUUGAUUAUAUGGUUAUAAACUUUAAAAAUAAAAAAACGAUUUUGUAGGUACUGAUAAUUUUGUUGUUAGAACAAAUUUUGUAACGGUGAGAUUUCAAUUUUGGUCACCUUUUUCUAUUCCUUGUGAUUUUCUCUUAGUAUAUUUAUUUAUUGAUGAAUUAGGGUCUUCUUGUACAUAACUGAAUUUAUUUAGAUUUUUUUUAUUUAUAUUACAAUUUUUAUGUAAUAGUACCUAAAUGCCUUAAUAUUUUAAAUGAAAUAAAUACUCAGAUACUUUUUU